CCUACACGCACUCCCCAGAUCUGUCACGCACACUCACGCACACACUCAGCGGGACUGACGCACUGUAGGGAAGAGGGAAAGACGGGAACGAGGGAAGAGAGACGGAGAGAGAGAGAGAAAGAGAGGCGACAGGAGUCAGACAGGCUCCGGCAGAGGGAUGUACCGGACUCUGCUGGCUCAAACUGCCGCGGUAACGGGACCGAACAGCACACGGGACCUGGACCGGGACCAGUGUAGCCAGUUUUAAUAAGUAAGGAGUCACUUGGCUGCGGACGGAGGAGGAGGGCUGGAGGGACCAAGGGAGAAGGAGGAGGAGAAGGAGGUGGUGUGUCCGCCUCACGGGGCUCUGCGUUUUGGGGUAACGACACCAGGUUGGUCGCAACGGAGAGUCCACGCAAAGUUUCCUCGAUGGCGCUGGUGAUGGAGCCGGUGAGCAAAUGGAGUUCGAACCAGGUGGUGGAGUGGAUGAAAGGUCUGGACGACUGCUUGCAGCAGUAUGUGAGCGUGUUUGAGCGGGCUGGUGUGUCCGGGGAGCGACUGCUGAGGAUUAGCCACGCCGAACUCGAGGAGCUCGGAGUGUCUCGUAUCGGACACCAGGAGCUCAUCCUGGAGGCCGUCGACCUGCUCUGUGCUCUGAAUUCUGGUCUGGAGACCGAGAGCGUUAGGACGCUGGCUCACAAGCUCGGCGCUUCGGCCAAGAACCUGCAGAACUUCAUCUCCAGCCGCCGGCGGAGCAGCCAGUUGGAGAGCAGGACCUCGCGACGGCUCCCCAAUGAUCUGCUGACCUCCGUGGUUGACCUCAUCACCGCUGCCAAGAGCCUGCUGGCGUGGCUGGACAGGUCUCCGUUCGCUGCUGUGGCAGACUACUCAGUUACCCGAAAUAAUGUCAUUCAGCUCUGCCUGGAGCUCACCACCAUUGUACAGCAGGACUGUACGGUGUUUGAGACGGAGAACAAAAUCCUUCAUGUGUGUAAGACUCUGUCUGAAGUCUGCGAGCACAUCGUAUGCGUAUCAUCGGACCCUCUGGUUUCCCAGUCUGCCCACCUUGAGCUGGUUCACCUCACAAACACCAAACCCUCUGAAGGCCUGGGGAUGUACAUCAAGUCCACCUAUGACGGUCUCCAUGUGAUCACAGGAACCACUGAAGGGUCUCCGGCUGACCGCUGUAAGAAGAUCCAUGCAGGAGAUGAAGUCAUUCAAGUUAACCACCAGACUGUGGUGGGCUGGCAGUUACGCAACCUGGUCGGCUCACUGAGGGCUGAUAAAGGCGUUGUGUCCCUGACCCUGAAGAAGCGUCCACAGAGCACGCUCAGCUCUGCCCCUGCGCUGCUGAAGAACAUGCGCUGGAAACCCCUGGCUCUGCAGCCAACCAGAAGCCCAGGCAGUGGCUCGGCCACGCCCUCAGGCACACCCACCAAGAGCUCCGCCCUCCAGGACCUCUACAUCCCGCCUCCACCUGCUGAGCCCUACACUCCCAGAGAUGAGACAGGAGUCUUGUCUGGAGAAGAAGCGUCUCGUAACCACGGUGGCAUCAGUGCUGCCAAGCGCUCUGAAUCCCCAAACUCCUUUCUGGAUCAAGAGUCUCACCGGCGAGAAGAGGAGGAGCCAGUGUACUGCACCACGCCCACAUACGCAGGCAGGCUGAGGCCCAUCUCAAUGCCUGUGGAGUGCAACUGGGUGGGCGACUACGAAGACCCAGCCAAGCUGAACAGAGAAACCCGCAGAGAUGCCUCGUUGAUGCGUUACGUGGGACUGUCCACUGGGGAUGAGCGGACCGUCUCUGAGGACUACUCCUCCCACACGGCUCGUCCAAAUAAGCGAUCCAAUGACAUGGCCAAGCGUGCUAAGAGGCGGAGCCACCACAGCCAAAGCCCCUCCCACUAUCUUCUCCAGACGAAUCAGAGGGAAUCGCCUCCCCGAGACCAAACGUCCAUGUAUCAUACAUACCAGCAGUCGUCCUCUUUGCAGUCGAAGAACAGGAAGAAGAAUAAAGGGAGAAGUCUGGCCUCGCUGAGUCGGAGGCGUGUUUCCUGCAAGGCGCUCGGUAGAGGAGACUGCGAGGGCUGGCUGUGGAGAAAGAGGGAUGCCAAAGGUUACUUCUCUCAGAAAUGGAAGAAGUACUGGUUUGUGCUGAAAGACAACUGCUUGUACUGGUACAUCAAUGAGGAGGACGAGAAGGCGGAGGGUUUCGUCAGUCUUCCAGAGUUUAAGAUUGACCGUGCAAGUGAAUGUCGAAAGAAGUAUGCUUUCAAAGCGUGCCACCCCAAGGUCAAGAGUUUCUACUUUGCAGCAGAUGGAGUGGACGACAUGAACAGAUGGUUGAGUCGCCUCAACAUGGCAGCUGUGGGCUAUGCAGAGCGAGAAAGGAUGCGCCAGGAGCAGGAUUACUGGAGUGAAAGUGAACAUGAGGAGGACACCACUUCUAGCCCGAAACAGGACAGCCCCCCACCUCCAUAUGAUACCUACCCACGGCCUCCAUCAAUGAGCGCUUACUUGGAAGGACGGACUGCACGCCUGUCUUCCACCGAGACGUCUCGCUCUCGAUCUUCUCAGGAGGACUUCUUGUGUAGUGAGCCCCCUGUGACAGCUGCAGAACCGCAGUACCAUCCAGGCCCUCUGGGGGGAGGCACCACACACAGCGGGAGAAAGCCACUGGGCAGCAGCAGCAGCGACGUGCCAUACAGAUGUGAUCCUGUGGAGUACCGCUCCAGUCCGGCAGGGGGUAGCAGUGAGACAGGGUCCCCAGGCCGUUCUUCGUCCUCGCAGAGACGGUCUUGGCAGGACCUGAUUGAGACUCCGCUGACUGAGGCUGGAUUGCACUACCUGCAAACUGGACCGCUUGAGGACGCUGUUUUUGCUGAGCCAGGCUUGGGAGGAGGUUCGAUGAUGGCUGGAGCCGUCUACACUCUUCCUCCACAGAGGAACAUCCCGUUGCCAGUGGCGAUGCAGAGGCUGAUUCCUAUGACAACCCAGGGAGGGAAACCCCGCAGCUUCACGCUACCACGUGACAGCAACCUGCACACACUGCUUGCACUGCCUAUGAAAGAAGAGCAGCAAACACAUAAUUGUAGCAGUGAAGGUGCGUCCCUGGGCGACUUGUUUCGCGCGUGCGAACAAGGCGGAGUGUGUCCUUUAGGGCGGGGAUCAGAGGCCAAGGGCCAAACAGAGUUCAGACAGUCCUUCCUCCGACGGGCCGCAGAUCCUCAGCUCAACGAGCGCCUGCACCGCCUCCGCAUACUGACCUCCACACUAAAGGACAGGGAGGGGGAGCUAGCGCUGAUUGACAGGCUGCUGGCCAAUCCCCAGCUGUCGUCGGCAGAGUUCCAGGAGUGGAAGAGAGCCUAUCAGGACCUGUUCACUCAGGAGCAGAACUCAGCUGCCGAACCUGAACCAGAACCCGAUCCCGCUGACCCGGGGCCGCCGCCCCUCACCCCCUCACUGUCCCACACGCAUUCCUACAUUGAGACACACGUCUGACCUGUUUAAAACAAACUCUUCAUCUGGUUCUGAGUAAGAUGGCUGAUUAAUCAGGAGAAAGCAUCACAGGGAAUCGCGUAGAGAUGGACUGAGUUGUGUUUUCAGCUGCCUCAGCGUAAUAAGUUCACCACGACAGAUUACCGAGGAGCCCCUCAUGUCAUUUGAUUUGACGAUCUGUCAGGUUCAGCCGCUCCAGCUGAUGGCAGGCAGGACGAUGUGCUAAUUCUUGAGUAUUACUUGUUAGCUUUUGUGCUCUGUACCUGAAAUACUCUCCCUUGAAAUUCCAUUCAAAGAACUCAUCAUCAUUUUCUGUGAAGUAUUUUUUCCAUCAUCUCCAUAAAAAGUAAAAUCAAAGAAUGUAUCUUUACUCAUCCAGCUUGUUGUGCCAUGUUUACACUGAGUGCAUAGUGUCUUAUAUCCAGUAAGUUGACAUGCUUUUUACUCCAAUAAGCCUUAUACUGGAUAAUAUUGAUAUUACCUGUACAGUGAGUGUUACAACUGACCACAAUUAGAUCUUUUUUUUUAAACUCAGUAUUCUUGUUUUUACAUCUAGAUUGAGAGGCUUUUGUUUGUGUAGAUUUGGUAGAUUUACGUACAGUGCCGGGCUGGACCUGAAGCAUGCACCCUUCUUCUGGAACACGAGCCAUUUAAGAGGAAAAUCCACCCUGAAGUAGUUUAACACAUCUUUUAACAAACAAACAAACUGAAUUUUGUAUUAAAAACCACAGGCAGCUGAAUGCAUUUUCUACUGUAUAUUCGCACUGAUUCUCCUGAAUGAUCAGAGAAAUACUGCAUAAAAUAUAAAACAUGUAUUUUAACCUACAGAGUUAAAAGUUCUCUAUAUUAAAUCAUAUAACAUAUCUAUGUCACAGAUCUAAGAGAAUAUUAUAAACCAAAAAUAAAACUAAUGAAAAUUACUUUUACUCUGAUGACACAAAUAUAAACUUCAAUUAAUUAUAAUUAAAUAAUUAGAAUCAUUUGUCAUAGAAAACCUUAGAAGCAUACUUAUAGUGUUCAACUAAAGAAGGCUUUCUGAAUGUAUUUAAACCUUUAAAUUACUUCAUUGAUCACAGAAUGGUUCAAAGAAUACACAGUUUUACUAUGAACAAAAUCUGUUUUGAAAAAAAUAGAAUGAAAGUAAUUUAGAUGUGCAGUGCCCUGCAAAAUUAUUGAAACAACUUGAAUUUUUUCACAUUUGUGUCACGUCACAACCACAAACUGUGUGUUUUAUUGGAUAUUUUUAUGGUAGGCCCACAUAGUGUAGUGUAUAAUUGUAAAAUGGAAGGGAAAUGUACAAAUAAAAAUCUAUAAAAUGUGGUUUGCAUUUGUAUUCAGCCCUAUAUACUCUGAUCCCUAUAGUAAGAAGUCAAAAGUCACCUAUAGUAAUCAGACUCCACCUGUGUGUGUAAAUAAACCUCCGUUUAAAUUCAGCUGCUCCUUGAAGGCCUUAGAGGUUUGUUAGAGAACACCAGAGAACUGAACAGUAUCAUGAAGACUAAGGAACACAGCAGACAGGAGAACGUUAAUGCAGGUUUAGGUUCUAACACAAUACCCCAACCUCCUUUGAACAUCUUACAGAGUUGGUACCUCUGGAGGAGCUGCAGAGAUCCACAGCUCUGUCAUCAAUGCAACUAUUAGUUGUGCACUCCACUAAUCUGGCCUUUAUGGAAAACUGGUGAGAAGAAAAACUUUCUUGAAAGAAUGCUAGAAGGAACAAUGGAGAGGAAUUGGGUUAAAACCUGUUAGAGGCCGCAGAAGACUGAGGUUCCCCUUUCCAGCAGCACAACAUUCCUAAAUAAGCAACCAGAGCUGCAAUGGAAUGGUUUGGAUCAAAGCAUAUGCAUGGGUUAGAAUGGCCUAGUCAAAGUCCACACUUAAUUCCAGUUAUAAUCUGCGGCAGGAUUUAAAAUUCUUGUUCUCAUACAAUCUGACUCAGCUUGAGCUGUUCUAUGAAGCCUCAGUCUAGAUGUGCAACGCUGGUAGAGAUGUACCCCAAAGGACUCGCUGCUAAAAUUUGAUUGAAAGGUGAUUCUAUGAAACGACUCAAGAAGGCUAAACAUGAAUGCAUAAAACAUUUGUAUUUGCCAAAUAUUACAUAUAAUAAAAUAAAAUAAUAAAACACAUUGAAGUUUGUCAGAUAUUGUGACAAAAUGUGAAAAUAUUACUUACCUAUAUGCACCAGUUGUUUUAUUCACUUGAAUAAAAUAUGUAUUUUUAUAUACCUUUAUCCUAAUAAAAAUUAUUACUGAAGAAAUAGUUUUGUUUCUAUUUAAUAAAGGAAACAUGCGCACAUAAAUAUAUGGAAUAAUGACUUAUUUAUCAAUGGAUUUGUUUAAUAAAUCCAUAGAUAAAAUAGUUUUUCAUGUUCUACAUGCAAGUAGAGAAUAUCCGUUAUCAUGAAAUAAUUUCCUGUGAUAGUCUAAAAGGGGUGGAUUUUUCCUCUAGCUUUUUUUCAGGCGUGUGACAUUGAGGAUAUGAGGAAUAUUUGCAUAGAAAAUUAAACUUGGGUCUAUUUAAAAUAUUAGUCUAUUUCUAUGCUGCUUCCAGAAGAUGUAAUAAUGUAUUUCAGACACUACACCAACUAUGAAAGCAAUCAUAAAUAUAUAAUUACUUGCACUGACAAACACUCUGUUUGUAUGCUCCUUUUAUGCUGCUGCCCGUGGUUGGUUGUAGUAGCAUGUUUUUGCUGUAGAUCAACACAAUAUCCAUUUUAUGUUUUGUGUUUAAAAUCUAUAGAUACAGUAGAUCUCUAUUUAUAGAGUGUAAGCUAUCUUGGAAGAAUUUAUUUAAAUAUAUCAGGGUUUCUUUUUGCAAACUUUCAUUGUGCAAAGAAUGUUUAGUGUUAAAUCUAUAAAUUAUGGUUAAAAGUAUUUAUUUAUGUGUUCAUUCUUCGUGUUUCGUUGGAAGAUGAGACUGGAUUAAUAAAGUUUUAGUCAUUUGGA